UAAGGAGUGGAAUAACCCGAGGAAAAAAGAGGAAGACCACACUGCUUUAGCCGUAUCACGCAGUGAACCCUCUACCUCGAAGCUCACGGCGUGAUAUGAACGUCAGAAACUCGGAUGCACGGUCUCGUGAAAGGUCCUGUAAGAGGAAUCCUCACGUGGACGCAGCUGGAGCAUGAAAACGUCUCAGGAUAGCUCCGCUCCUCUUUCUCCUCCUCAUUGACAAUUUACAGUAGUGGUGUACCAACACACACGCCGGUGUUUUCAGCACUUGGACUGAAUAUGUACCAGGGACAUUCACAGGAGAAAGACUCUAGGGCGGUUGCUAUGGUGCUGAAGGAGCUACCAAGUAAGGCAUCCUCAGAUGGAAAUCCCCUGCUCACCGUGACAACCAAGUUGUGUAGUGAGCAGCAAGAGAGCCGUCCGUUACUCAGCCCUUCUAUUGAUGACUUCCAGAGUGAGAGCAAGAGUGAUGGAGCCACACGGCCAGUCACCUCCAACACAGCAGUCUUGUCUACAGCACUAGACUUGGUGGACUUGCGUGAACCUUGUGAGAGAAGGUGGAGUUGGGACAGAUGGAGUCCCCAUGGAUCUCGUAAGAAUGGUUUCUCUAAGAGUAGCCUUCGCAAGAAGAAGACUGAAGAGACGGAGCUAAUCCAGGUGGAGACAGAGCCAUCAUCUCCCAGCCGUUCUAACCCAGAAAGAGCCUCAUUAGAUUCAGUGAGCAGCUCGCCCUUGGAGAAAUGGGAGGAGGUGAGCCUUCACCCAGACAGUGCCUUGAAUGCAGGACGGAAGUGGAGAUAUGAGAGGAAGAGGUGCACCUCCAACCAUUCAUCUAGUGAGCUUUUGUGGUCUGCAGACUUUAAAACAGAUUUCUCUAACAGGCAUAGUGCCCUGGAGCUCAGCAUUAGCACGGAGUCAGACCCUGGGCCGGCCCCUCAGCGGCAGAGGCCCCAGCUGGGUGGUACUUUACUGGGGAGACAACACUCAGAGGAGGAGUUUGUUCGAGCCAAGGCUGCUGUGGAGUCAGACACUGAGUUCUGGGAUAAAAUGCAGGCAGAGUGGGAGGAGCUGGCACGGAGGAACUGGUUGGAGGACGCUGACAGUGAAGGCCUGGUUCCACUCAACUUCUCACCCACUGAGAAGGGUUACUACUUUCAUACCAGUAACCCUUUCAAAGACUACACCAAUGCCUUUGAACAGGGGCUGCAGAAAUGCAGGGAUGGGGAUCUGAAUAGUGCUGUACUACUACUGGAGGUGGCCAUCUUACAAGACCCUCAAGACUCAGAGGCUUGGCAGGUUUUGGGUACCACACAAGCAGAGAAUGAGAAUGAGCAGGCAGCCAUUGUUUGUCUUCAGAGAUGUUUGGAACUGCACCCAAACAAUCUGAAGGCCCUGAUGGCCCUGGCAGUGAGCCUAACCAACACAGGACAGCAGCCGGAAGCCUGUGAGGCUCUCCACCGCUGGAUCAGAUACAACCCCAGAUACAGACAUCUACUCCAGGACCGCAGCCCUCUAGACGGUUCCCCAUUGCCUCGCCGCAGAGGGUCCUCCAUAUCCCCCAUCUCCACUCUCGGAUGCUCUCAGCUGGUGGAGGUGUUGGAGCUCUAUCAGGAAGCAGUGCAGCAGAACGCUGAAGGAGUGGACCCUGAUCUCCAGACAGGCCUUGGUGUGCUCUUCAACCUCAGCUCAGAGUUUGACAAAGCUGUCGAUGCCUUUAAUGCUGCACUUUCUGUCCGACCUGAGGACUAUCUGCUGUGGAAUCGGCUCGGGGCCACGCUGGCAAAUGGGGACCGCAGUGAGGAGGCAGUGGAGGCCUACACCAGAGCUCUAGAGCUCCAGCCAGGCUUCAUCCGUUCGAGAUACAACCUCGGCAUCAGCUGCAUCAACCUAGGGGCACAUCGGGAGGCAGUGAACAACUUCCUGACAGCUCUGCACCAGCAAAGAAAGAGCAGGAGUCAUCAGGUGAUGUCCAGCAACAUCUGGGCAGCUCUGCGGAUUGCCCUCUCCCUCAUGAACCAACCAGAGCUUUUCCAGGCAGCCAGUGUGGGAGAUCUGGACCUCCUAAUGAGGGCCUUCAACAUGGACAUGUGAUUAAACUUGGACUUGUGAUAUCUAUCAUUCACGUACAGUAGGCACAAAGUUAGGCUCAAAUGACUAUGGGAUGUCAAUUGAUAUGCAAAGUAUGCACAGCUAAUUUUGUUUGUUGUGUAUAUUUGGGCAGCCUUUGCCUUCUUCAGAGGCCACUGAAGAGGGUGUUUAUAUUGCAUAGAGCACAAACAGAAUAGGUAAAUGAUGGGUUUUGAAAGUAGAUGAAUAAAUGUCAAAGAGAGUGAGAGCAAAAGCACUUUUUUUCUUGAUGUUAGUUAUAUUUUACUGUAAUAUUUUUAAGGUUAUCUAAAAACUUUGUAUACUUGAGAAAAAUGAACCAAACCUCAUUGGGGAAUAUAGGAGGAAUUUUGUUUAGUUUGUGGAUUAGAACUGAAUAUUAAUCCUUUCAAAAACCUAGCUAUUUAUUAUGGCCAGUUCUGAAGAACCUUUGUUCAACUUUUGUGUUUUUAAUGUUCAGCUUUCAAUGGUAAUCUAUGUGUCUCACCACAAGGUGGCACUGUUGUUUAGCUGAUAAAAAUGUAGCCAUAUAUAAAGUCAGUUAAUCCUCUAUUAAACACAGUGAGGCCAAAUGCAGUGUGAGGGAAUAAUGCUAGCUGAAUUUCACUUUAGGAAAACAACACCCUUUCAAGGUGAUCUGUGCCCAGGUGUGCGAGCAGGGCGUGUUCCCUGGGCCAUCUGUCUUCCAGCAAGCCCCUUUUAAUGCCGCGUGCUCCAGGGCAUUCUGGAUCAGGGCUCGGUGGGGAGCAACUUCAAAAACUCUGCAUGAAAGGUCACAGCAAAAGCACUAGUGUUGAAAGUGAGUGAGUUUAUGUAAGACUGUUAGCCCAAAUGUUUAAAAGGACUAAAUACAUUCACAAAUCUAUAAACAACAUUUGGUCAUAUAUUUCAGUUGUUUGGCCUGGUAAGUUUGAAGUGCAUUUCAUGUGUCUCAAAUCGCUUCAGCCUAUAGAGAUAUGUCUGUUUAUAGCAAAGAAGCCAUGUGCUAGAACAGUUAUGAUUUCAGCUCCUUUAUAUACUAAUAGGCUGGAUAUUUUCUUUGAAGACAUAACUAUGCAAACCAGCAUUGCUGUUUUGUUUGUUUGUUUUGUUUUGGCUAAAAUUACCAAAAAUCUUUUGUCUUUAUAAUUUUGCCACUAUGCAUUAUUAGUAAAGUUGGUGUAACAGGAGUUAGCUGAGAUAAUUGAAGGGCAUUGAAUGAGACACAGUGUUUAAAGACAUAAAUAGCAUUAAUAAUCUUAAAAAUGUGGGGCAAAGACAGAUAAAGUUGCUUCAUUAGAUUGCACCUUCAAUUUAAAUAUUACAAAUGAUUUGGGAAAUCUGAUGAUUGCAUGUAUGAUACACAAAACAGAUUUCCCUCUCUUUAUGAUCCCAUAUUUUAACUUUAAAGUGAAUGUAACUACUAUUAAUAUACAUUUUUUGACAGACCAAAAAUCCAACACAAACAUACUAUAUAUGACAAUAUUUCAAAUCAUAUGCCAUGUAUGAGCACAGUAUGCGGGCAUUGAUGACACUUGUCCUGUAGUAAAUCACACUAGUUUUGCUAUGACCAGAGCUGUUACGAAACUAUGAAUAUAAUUACUGACUAAAAUUGUAGAAUAGCUGAAGGAGAUGUAUUUAUUUAUUUAUUUGUAAAAUAGAUUAUUUAAUGGAAUGAACAGUCAUAAAAUGUAUGCAUGUCUCUUUCAAUCUCUCCUACAUUAACAUGUAAUAUAAUCAAGAUGCAUUUAUAACCAAUUUAUUAAAGCUGUAUUUUAGAAGAUC